AAUAAAACCUUCUGUUUUAUCUGUAUCUGACAAUUGGGUAUACAGACAACUGCUUUACAUCAUCAUUUUUUACUUUUGUUUAUAAUAAAGUUUCAAUCUCUUUGUAUUUGGGUGUUGAAAUUUAUGGGGUUUUGAUUUUAUGGCAGCUGGGGUAGAGAUGAAUAGUGAGGGUGCUGUGACAACAGCUGCUGGUGAUGUUAAUUCUUGUGUUUCACCAGUCACCGAAACUGGGAAGAAUUGUACUAGUGAUACUAAUGUGAUUUCUGUGUCUAAAGAAUUGGGUUCGAAAUCAGAGUUUAAAAUGCAGGAUAAUAUGGUUGAUAUGUUCUCAAACUUGAAUCCAAUGGCCAAGGAAUUCUUUCCUUCUUCUUAUUCUAAUGAUCGGUAUAGAGAUCAGGUUGGUGCUGUUAGUUUCAAGAAUUUGGGGAAUGAUGGUCAUCCAAAUGACAGAAGGAGAAGAACUAACUUGAACCAGGGAAGGAAGCGGAUAAGUGGAAAAUCUUUUAAGGCUCAAAGAGACGAAAGUAUUCGUUGCACCGUUUAUGUAUCUGAUAUCGACCAUAAUGUGACUGAAGAGCAGCUUGCUGCUUUAUUUAGUAGCUAUGGACAAGUUGUUGAUUGUCGAAUUUGUGGUGAUCCGCAUUCACGCCUUCGCUUUGCUUUUGUGGAGUUUGGUGAUGAGUAUUCUGCAAGAGCAGCUCUUAUCCUGUCUGGAACACUUCUAGGCUUUUCUCCAAUUAAGGUCUCACCCUCAAAAACUGCCAUCCUUCCCGUGAACCCUACUUUUCUUCCCAAGUCGGAGGAUGAGCGGGAAAUGUGUGCAAGGACAGUCUACUGUACAAAUAUAGAUAAGAAGGUUUCUCAAACUGAUGUGAAGAUAUUCUUUGAAACAAGAUGUGGCGAGGUCUCACGCCUGAGGCUUUUGGGAGAUCAAGUGCAUUCAACUCGUAUUGCUUUUGUUGAAUUCGUAAUGGCUGAGAGUGCUAUUUUGGCCUUAAAUUGUUGUGGCCAGGUACUAGGCUCCCAAGCCGUCAGGGUGAGUCCCUCGAAGACGCCAGUCAGGCCACGUUUCCCUCAUCCUGGUACACAGUAUUGACCAAUUUGUUGGAGUAAAGGGAUCCAUUGGGAAGAAUGGCAUGAAUAUUGAGGAGAGAGAAAGGAGAGAUGUAGUUGUAAUGAACGGUGGUGAAACUUUCUUUGUUUCAGUUAUUUGCAUAGAAGCAUACAUCAACUUUUCGCACAGCAGCAGAACAUCUUGUGUGUAACCCUGCUUCAUUGAAGUUUUUUAGGGGACCAUCCCGAUGCUGAGAUUUUUUUGCUUUUCUUUAACUAGUCUAUUACUUUUGCACAUUAGAAUUUACUCGGUACAAGUUUCAUUUUCCAGCAAA